AUGCAGCCCUGCCAAAACUGCGUGUCAUGGAAUCUCACUUGUGAAGUAGGGGUUUCACGCCGUGGAAAAUAUCCCCGCCGAAAGAAAAAGGGAUCGGCUCGAACAUCCACAACGCCGAUUAACCCGGCGAAUGCGUCGGAUUCCCGACUCAUACAGGGACAAUUUCCAUUACCCGGGCACAGCUCUCAGUACCCACCGGCUCGUCCCGUGACAGCAGAGGAUGCGAUCCAUAAAACCGUGUUCCUCGGCGAGUCAAGUCCUCUCACCUGCGUUGUGGACGAAGGGCGACGAUCCCCAGACAAGGGGUACGCGUGCAGUAUCCAAAAAGGCCGACUUCACUACUCCAUUUCUGAGAUUAGUGGCGCAACGGAAAGUAGCCAAGAUUCACUGGGUCCCCGUCGCAAGCUGAUACAUGAUCGUCUUACCCGUGAAGGGGCCUUUGUAUUCCCGUCGCCUGCUGUCUGCGAUACGUUACUUCAAGCUUAUUUUGACUGGCUCCAUCCAUGUUUCCCAAUUCUCGAUCGGGCAGAUCUGCAAUGUGACUACCAAGAUGGCACACUAUCACCAUUACUCUUUCAGUCAAUGCUCUUCAUUGGAGUGAGCCUGUGCUCGGAUGGAGCUUUGAACACCACGGGGUUUGGUAAUCGCUACCAAGCGAAAGAAGUAUUUUACCAAAGAGCAAAGGAUAUCUAUGACUCAGGUUGGGAGAUUGAUACGGUUAUAAAGUUGCAAUCCUUAUUUCUCCUGAGCUUUUGGCGUGGAAGCCCAACCGAGGAGCGCGAUGUUCGAUUCUGGCUUGGAGCUGCCAUCAGCCUGGCCCAGAAAAAGGGCAUGCAUGUCAUGUCGAAAUUGUCCUUCCUCAAUACCAAAGACCAAAAGCUUUGGAAACGAAUCUGGUGGGCUUUAUAUGUUCGCGAUCAACAAACAUCGGCAGCUUUGGGGCUGCCACCUCGAAUACGUGAUGAAGACUGCCAAGUCGCUGACCUUGAAGCUGUAGACUUUGAGGAAAGCAAGCCUAUGGGACCUCCUGAAAUAUUCCGCACACCACCAGAAGUCCACAUUCCUUAUGUGAUUGGCAUGGCCCAACUAGCCAGAUUAUUGCGGGAAAUAGUUUGCAGCCAGUAUCUACCUGGUCGAUCCAAGUUGGACCAUGAAGCUCGACCAAUGCUCCGUCAGCGUUUAGUUGACUGGGAGUCACGCCUCCCAAAAGAAAUGCAAUUUCAAAUGCCCAUGAGCAGGGAAGCCAUGUUCCUAGUUGGCAUGCUUCAUAUGGCCUAUAACAACUUGUACAUUCUCCUGUACCGACCCCUUUUCUUACAGCCCCCAGGCCAAUCGGCGAAUCCAGAAGGAAACGUCGCCCUGCAUGCAGCGACACGAAGCACCCGCAUUUUAGAGGACAUGCUCUCAGAAAAUCUGGUCCAACAUGGAUCAGUUCACCUAAUCACCCACACCUUUUCGGCUUUAUGUAUACACACCAUUCAUUUCGGACGCGUCACAGGCACAGCCCGCAAGUUAGCAGAACACAGGGCGAAGUUAUGCCUAUUGGGGUUGAAGGAACUGCAGAAAUCAUGGGACUUGGAGAACUGGGUCCUGGAUCUUUUCUUCCGGUGCUUGGAUGAUCGUACUGCUCGCGAUCUCCGACUAGCAGAUCCUGCUUUGCCAUCGUCAACAUCACAAACAGGGGGUCGAAAUAUCGAGAUGACACCUGCGUCUCCUGCCAGUGGUCCAUACAGACCCCCUUCUCCUACCGCAGGGGACGAUCUCUUGCAAACUACCAACCCAAUGCCUCACCAUAACCCCGGGGAAGAGGCUGCAAUUAACAUGGACUGGUAUGAGCUGUUCAACGUGGAAGGCGAUGAUGUUAUGGGCCUUGCUGGCUCAUUAUCAAACCCAGACUAUCUGAACCCACAAAACCUCGAGUUUCUACAGGUGACAUUCGCGCUCAGUGAGGAUAUGGGGUGA